CUUCCUGAUCCCACAGCCUCACCUGAGAGUCAUUGCCAGACUCAGCUGGCCAAGUGGGAAUGCAGCAAGCUGGGCUUGCCCUCAUGGCUGCGGCGGUGUGUGUGGCUUUUCGGACCUCAGAAGCCAUACUUCCCAUAGCCUCCAGCUGUUGCACUGAAGUUUCUCAUCAUAUUUCCAGAAGACUUCUGGAAAGAGUGAAUUCAUGCAGCAUCCAGAGAGCUGACGGGGACUGUGACCUGGCUGCUGUCAUCCUUCAUGUUAAACGUAGAAGAAUCUGUGUCAGCCCGCACAACCGUACUCUGAAGCAGUGGAUGAAAGCCUCAAAGGUAAAGAAGAAUGGCAAAGAAAACCUCUGCCCCGGAAAGAAACAACCCAGCAGGAAGGACAAAAAAGGGCACAUCCCGAGAAAGCACGGGACACACGGGACACGCAGCCACGAAACCCCUCGCUAGAACAGACAUGUGAACCUACACUGAACUCCUCGAGUGACUGGCCCAUAGGUGGUUAUAAAUUUCUCAGCUGAAUUGGCCUUAUUGACACCUAUGGUGCUUGGUUUUGUUUCGUUUUGUUAAUGAAUAAUUGCAGCUAAGGAUGUAAGCACUUGGGUAGUAAAUGUAGGCUCAAGCCCAGCACCAAAAGAAAAAAAAAAAAAAAAAACUGUGCACAAGAAACCAAUGCAGUUGACUUUAAAACUAUAUAAAAAUCCAUCUUUAUACAUAAAUUUUAACUAUAUAGAA